GCGAGACUUCCGCGAUCCGUCCGCACCGAGCCGGCCCGCAAACCCCUCACAACCGUCCCCGCCGGCGGCUGCUCGCCUGCUGCUCCUCCCCGCCGUCCGUCGCCAUGGGUAAAUUCCGCAAGCUUGGCCGCGAUUACUCCCACCGCCUCUCCAUGCUCAGGACGAUGGUGUCGCAGCUGGUGAAGCACGAGCGCAUCGAGACCACCGUCGCCAAGGCGAAGGAGGUCCGGCGGAAGGCGGAUCAGAUGGUGCAGCUAGGGAAGGAGGGUACUGAGCAUGCAGCAAGACGAGCUGCUUCCUUUGUUCGGGGUGAUGAUGUUGUUCAUAAGCUAUUCACUGAGCUGGCUUACCGCUACAGAAAUCGAGCUGGCGGAUACACAAGAAUGUUAAGAACCAAGAUACGUACUAGUGAUGCUUCAACAAUGGCAUACAUCGAGUUCGUGGAUAGGGAGAAUGAGCUCCGAGAGCCCAAACCUGCAACACCGCCGCCGCCUCAACGAGUCCCUCUUGAUCCAUGGACCAAGUCUCGUUCUAGCCAACAGUGGGCAGGACCUAAAAUCACCAAGACCUCGGAAUCAGACAGCUUAUGAGCUACUGUAUCUAUCUAACAUCCAUAGAUAGUUUCAGUUAUUUUGCUUGGCAGGAGUUUUUUUUUUCUCUGGAGAUAACUGCCGAUAGAAUACUUAAAAAUUUAUUGCCAUAUCACCAAUUGAAGAUUACAAGGCUGGUCA